AUGCGCAGCUACCUCCCCCCCCCAAUCAUCGGUGAACGAAACUGUGGCAGCUACAACCAGUGUGCGACGACCAGCAUGCUUCAGCUAGCCAAUCCGGAUAAAAGGUGUGAACAUGUUCCCUGCUGCGUGCCGCAGCCUUCUGAGUUCCCAACGAUGUGCAAAGAGACUCAUGUAGACCCCAGCAAAGAUCCCACAACGCUCAGCUUAGCACCAGAAGCUAUCAGUUCUCGCAGAAAAAUACUGUAUGUGGUCGUGAAAACAUGUUUCUACAGUAUCAAUACUCAUUUUAUACCGAAUAUGACCCAAUCGAAUUGA